GUGAGUAAACAAGCAUGGCCGCGCCGAGGAGAAAAUUCACCAUGGACGACAAGCGCAGACUGCUGGAAAUGUAUGACCAGCUUCCCCGAAUGAGCCAGAAGAAAGCGGCGAGUCGCCUGAACAUCACCCAGUCUUUGUUGUGGACACUUCUGCGAAACAGGAGCCUCAUAAUGAGGGGCGACCAGCACGUCCGCUGCGGUAAAGUACCGAGGCUGGAGGCCGCGCUGUGGCGCUGGAUCGACGUCUCGAGGAGGCAGGGCGCUCCGGUAACCGACUUGAUGAUCCACAGGAAGGCGAUGGAUCUGGCUGUGCGUAUGGGGGUGAUGCACUUUAGGGCGAGUCCGACGUGGUACAGCGGCUUUAAGAGACGAGAAAGCACGGUGAGGGAGAGGUACCACAUCUACCCGGACGAUGCGGACUGCAUGGAGGGACCAAAGUCGGACAAUGGGGAUCGACCUGCCGCUGGAAGCGCUGGAAGCCUCGAGCACCAACAGACCGAAGGGUGGGAAAGAGACGCCAAAGUAGCCCAGCGGGCUGAGGACCGUUUGGAGCAGAAUGAGCCUCCUCUAGUAAAACGUGAGCCCACCGAGCCCACCGUGGUCAUGGCUGAAAUCAAUGGAGGCAUGCAGACCAUCACCGUGCCAUCGCUUUACCAGAUGAAGGAGGCUAUGAAGACAUUAGCUACGGGCUUGUUGUACAGGGGAUUCUCAGACUUUAAGCUGCUUCACCAGUUCGAGAAGGAGGUGGCUAAUGUUGUGAAGAGAUCCAUGGCUCAGGGAAGCCAAGACAGUUUCCUGGCCUGAUUGAAUGGGACCCUGUUGACAACUUUGCAUUAGUGGCUUUAUGUAGCUUAGUACAGCACUUCUCAUGUGAAGUGCAAGCACUACUGGAUGGUAGGGAUGUAACAAUACACAUCCUGAAAUUCAAAUUCAUCAAUUUUCAAUUCUAAGGUCAAUAUUCGAUUCGUUUUUCGAUGUUUUAUGUGUUAAAAAUGUCUUAAGUUCCACUGAGAACUCCGUAGAAUUUUGGUGCCUGCCAUGAUAACCCUCUAAUAAAAUAAACCCCAAAAAUCAUGGCCCCUAGAAUUUAUAAGCGAUUUUACCAAGCUAAAACAAAUAAACAAACAAAAACAUUGUUUAAAAAACUUGAAAUCCAGUAUACAUUCAAACUUGCAGCCCCCAACAGUCUUUUGCUGGAAUGUACACGUUUAUGAAUGCCAUGAAUGUUCCAUUAUGCAGGAUGUAACAUCCUCAGCAUGAACAAAUAACGUUAACAGCUCCUUCAUUUCUGAAUCAUAUGCAAAGUACACUCAUGCUGUAUUUUUCACUUUCAAAAUCUGGAAACAAAAUCACAGAAACAGUUCGUGUUACUGGCCAUGCUGUGUCGCUUUUGUGCAAGUCAUUUUUGCUGCUUCUUGAAAGCAGUGCUACUAGAAUAAUGUAUAAAAAGGGGCAGCACCGAUAUGGGAAUUAUGAGCUGAUGCUGAUGGCUGAUAUUUUUCAUGUGCAUGUCUGGAAAAUGUAGAAACCGGUACUAGAUCCAAAUGAAUUAGCAUUAAAGGGAAAUGUAACAUGGAUAAAUUCAGUAAAAUUAAUAAAGUGCAGACACUUUACCACUCUAGCCCAGUGCAACCGAAACAUUCCACUUUUCUGGAGGAUAAAAAUACAUCAUUAAAUAUCAGUCAAAUCUAAACAUUUGUUCUAUUCCAAUAUAUAUUUUAGGGCAAAUAUCUGCCGAUGCAAAUGCGAUUUCGAUGUUAUCAUGCAUCCCUAGUAAAAUAAAUACAUUCCUGUGAUGGUUUUCACUCGCGAAAACUGAAAACUCACCACUGUCAGAGCUAGAGGCUCAGGAACAUUCCACUUUUGCGUCUGUAAUCAAGACCUUGUAGUAUUGACUUCUGUUCAGACAAGUCCUCCCAGUAAAUUCCAGUGAGUUAGUUCUCGGGAAUCGCUGAGUCAGUCUCACUAGGGCUUUUGACUCCAGCUUAAAUUCACACUAACCCCAUCUCAUUUAAUUACCAUUAAAUUACCAUGUAAAAUUGAAUGUGUAAAAGGGACUCAAGUCAUUUGAGACAUGGUUGAGUGUUAAGUAUACACCACUCCCCCUCCUCCCUCCCACUUUACUUCAGUAGGGAUGCCUUGUUUUGAUCACUGACUAGUUUCUACAAAAGAUGGCAAAGAAAAUACUGAGAAGAUUGAGGGAUGUUCACCAUGUUCAUUUUAAUUUUUCAAAACUGUUGUAAACUCUGCAUUCUUAUUGGUUGGAUUUGUGAAUAGUAUCCUUUUUCUGAUGUAAACACUCUUCUGAUGGAGGAACAUAUUGCCAGUAUUUUUGGUAACGGGUGCCUGCUGAACUACAAAGGCCUCCUUGGUAUUUAUGUGCUAAAAGAUGGACUCAAAGUUGUAAUUAACACUACAUAGGUUUAUGUUAUGACAGACCUUUAACAAGUCAUCCAUUGAUGUUUAAGUUACCAAGUUACUGUUUUGGGCACUGUUUGUUUUAGCAGAUUCCUCACAAAAAUGAAAUAACAAGCAAAACUGCAGCAAAGAACUUGUAGGCCAGUGUGAAGUAAUGUUUUGAUGUACAUAUUUGCAGAAAUGCUUUCUCAUAUGGCCACAUGAGGUCAAUGUUGGCCACCAUUUCAAUGAAUUUUCAAAUGUUCCAGUCUGUCAGGGAUGGAAAUGUACACAAACGUCUUUGUAAAUUUUCUUUUUAGACUUGGCUAGUUCUACUGAAUGUCGGUCAUCUAUUCUCAUGUGCAUUAUGUUAAUGUUUCGUUUUUUUCUUUUAAAUUUUUUUUUAGCAUUGCAAUUUUUGAAAAUAGUUUGUAAUGAACUGUAAAAGUGUUGGGUUCACAAGCUUUAGUUGCACAUAUUGUGCCUUUGUGCCUCACUGAGUGCCAUGAUAUGGACAAAACAUCCUAUUGCUGCAUAUUGUUUCAAUGUGAUAUUGUGAAGAUCUGCAUAAAAUAUGAAUGUUAAUUUUUCA